AUUGUCAUUAAAGCUGUUUCGGAGUGUGGAAGUGUAGAAACGUACGUUCAUUUGUCAGCUUUCACUUUCGUGUUGGUGGCAGCAAUUUCUAUAUAUCGUGUACAUAUAUCAGGUGGCCAGCCCGCGCCGAGAACUGCCGAGAGCCGCCGAGGACUACCGAGAGCCGCCGAGAACUGCCGAGAGCCCCCGAGAACUGCCGAGAGUCGCCGAGAACUGCCGAGAGCCACCGAGAACUGCCGAGAGCCGCCGAGGACUACCGAGAGCCGCCGAGAACCGCCGAUAACCGCCCAGAACUGCCGAGAUCUGCCGAGAGCACCGCCCGACAGCCCACGCCAUGGACGGGCACGACGGGGUCGUCGUGUCGGGGAUGUCCGCGCGCCUGCCGGAGUCGAGCAACGUGGAGGAGUUCGGCGAGCAGCUGUUCGCCGGCGUCGACCUCGUCACCGACGGGGGCCAGCGCUGGACGCCGGGUUCGUGCGGGGUGCCCUCGCGGACCGGCAAGCUGAAGAACCUCAAGCACUUCGACGCCUCGUUCUUCGGCGUCCAUUCGAAGCAAGCGCACGUGAUGGACCCGCAGCUGCGCAUGCUGCUGGAGGUCUCGUACGAGACCAUCGUGGAUGCCGGAAUUAACCCUCAAAGCCUCCGAGGCAGUCGGACUGGCGUGUUUGUAGGCAUCUGCAAGUCCGAAUCGAUAGACCACUGGUGCUCCUCACCAGACAAGGUGAACGGCUAUGGACUGAUUGGAUGCGCCAGAUCAAUGGUCUCCAAUAGAGUUUCUUACUCAUUCGACCUUACAGGUCCCAGCUACUCAGUUGCCUGCGCCUGCUCGUCCAGCACCAUCGCGCUGCAGCAAGCCUUCAACGCCCUGCAGACGGACCAGUGCGACGCCGCCAUCGUGGCCGGUGUCAACCUGUGCUUGAACCCCGCCAACUCUAUAGCCUUCCAGAAGUCAGACAUGCUCAGCCCGAGCGGCUGCUGCAAAGUCUUCGACGAAUCCGGUGAUGGGUUUGUUCGGAGCGAAGCUGUAGUCGCCAUCUUGAUUCAGAGAAGGUCUGCCGCGAAGCGCAUGUACGCGACCGUGCUGAACGCCAGGACCAAUUCAGACGGACACAACGCCGAAGGCAUCUUGCAUCGUUCAGCAGACGUGCAGAAGGAGCUCAUACAGGAAGUGUAUUCCGAAAUAGCUGUUGAUCCGGCCCAGGUUUCGUAUGUUGAAGCACACGGAACUGGGAUAAAGGCCGAGGACGGCGACGAGGCGACGACGAUAGCCGACGUGUUCCGCCCGCGUUGCGGCGGCGGCUCGCCCGCCCCUCCCUUGCUCGUGAGCUCGGUCAAGUCCAACAUGGGCCACGCCGAGACCGUAGCGGGCCUCGCCUCCGUGGUCAAGGUGCUGCUGUCCAUGGAGCGGUCCUCGCUGCCGCCCAACCUGCACUUCCGCCGCGCCGACCGCGGCGUGCCGGCGCUGCUCGACGGCCGACUCAAGGUCGUCGAAGAAGUGACGAGCUGGAGCGGGAGACUGGCCGGCAUCAAUUCUUUCGGCUACGGCGGAUCCAACGUGCACGUCUUGCUCGAGAGGAACGAAAAGUCCAAGGACAAGGAACCAGCUGUCGGCGCCACGCGCAUCGCUGUGUUUUCCGGGCGAACUGAACAAGGAGUCAAAAGAAGCUUGGAAAAAAUGGAGCAGAUGCCCGUGGACGACGAGUUCAUCAGCCUCGUCCACGACCUGCACCGACGCAACAUUCAAGGUCAUCUCUACAGAGGCUUCACCCUGCUCGGAGCCGACACGGUCACCAGAGAAAUAUCGGCCUGCGCCGGGGAGAAGCGGCCCGUGUGGUUCGUGUUCUCCGGCAUGGGCUCGCAGUGGCCGCGGAUGGCCAAGGACAUGAUGCGGCUGCCCGUGUUCGCCGAGAGCAUGCGCAAGUGCGCCGGCGUGCUGCGGCCGGAAGGCGUCGACCUGCUGGACGUGGUGGUCAACGGCUCCGAGGAGACCUUCGACGGCAACAUCGUCAACCCGUUCGUCGCGAACGCAGCCAUGCAGAUCGCGCUUGUAGAUGUUUUGCGAACGCUAGACAUCGUGCCAGACGGCAUCGUGGGCCACUCUACCGGAGAGAUAGCCUGCGCAUACGCCGACGGAUCCCUGACGUUAGAGCAGACCAUGCUCGCCGCCUACUUCCGAGGGAAAAGUGUUUUCGAAACGAAUUUGCCCCGGGGAGCGAUGGCUGCUGUCGGACUGUCCAUUGAAGGCGUGAAGGCAAGAUUACCUCCAGAAAUAGACAUUGCUUGUCACAACAGUAAUGACAACGUGACGAUAUCGGGUCCUGCCAAUGACGUCAGAAAAUUCGUCCAAUCACUCGAGGAGGAAGGAAUAUUCGCCAAGGAGGUCAAAUGUUCAGGAAUAUCGUUCCACAGUCGUUACAUCACCAAAGUAGCCCCGUCGCUGAAGGAGUAUCUGGACAAGGUGAUCCCCCACCCGGUGAAGAGGUCCUCCAUGUGGGUCAGCACCUCCGUCAGGGAGUCGCUGUGGCACACGCCCCAGGCGCAGUUCUCGUCGCCCGCCUACCACGUGAACAACCUGCUGUCGCCGGUGCUGUUCGCCGAUGCCGUCGCGCGCAUCCCGGACAACUCGGUGGUCAUCGAGGUGGCGGGCCACUGCCUCCUGCAGGCCAUCCUCAGGAGGUCGCUGCCCGUGGGCUGCACCAGCAUCGGGCUCAUGCGGAGGAUGCACCCGGACAACGUGGAGUUCCUCUUCGCCAGCUUCGGCAAGAUGUUCAACGCGGGGCUGCAGCCGGACCUGGCUCCGUUCCACCCGGCGGUCAGCUACCCCGUGUCCCGGGGGACCCCGAUGAUCGCCCCCCUGGUGGACUGGGACCACUCGGAGGAGUGGACAGUGGCGACGUUCGACAUCAGCGACACGACCUGCAUCGGGGAGCGCGUGUUCGACGUAGACGUCAGGAAGGAGGAGUACCAGUUCCUGACCGGCCACAGCAUCGACGGCCGCAUCGUGUUCCCGGCUUCUGCUUAUCUGGACCUGGUGUGGAAGACGUUCGCCUCGACGAGACGCCAGCAGAGCCAGCACCAGAGCCUCGCCGUCGUGUUCGACACGGUGCGCUUCCACCGGCCCACCGUCCUGCCGGAGGAAGGGGCCGUCUCCUUCUCCGUCAAGGUGUUCGUCGGCUCGGGGAACUUCGAGGUGUGCGUCUCCGGCUCGCUGGCGGCUUCCGGACGCGUGCACGCGCCCGAGGACGUGUGCAGGGCGAUGCUGGACCCUUCCUUCCCGUGCGUCGAGGUCUCCGAGGAGGGCGACGGCCCGUCCCUCGCCGGAGAAGACGUGUACGAGGACCUGCGGCUCAGGGGCUACGACUACGGAGGGCUCUUCAGAGGAAUCGCGACUGCCGACAGCCGGUGUUUAAAUGGCCAGUUGACUUGGCAGAACAACUGGGUUGCUUUCAUAGACACAGUGCUGCAAUUUCACGUCCUGCAAAAGAAUUCCCAAGAGUUGCUGUUGCCGAAAACGAUACAGAAAAUCGUCAUCAACCCGAACAUGCAGAACGUCUCGGACGAGGCAACGCCAGUUCCGGUACGCGUGUACCGAAACAUUGGCGUCACCAAAGCUGGUGGCGUGGAAGUACACGGUGUUGAGGCCAGCACACUGCCUAUGCUAAACGGACGUACCGAAAAACUUAAACUGGAAAAAUAUUGCCUCGUACCCUACAUCAAUUACGGCCAGAAAGAGGUAACAUUUCGUGAAGGGAAAGAUCAUGCGUUGAGUGUGCUUCUACAGAUUGUUCUUGAGAAUAUUCAUAGUAAAGUCAAAAUUAAUUUAGUGCAGUUCAUGAACAACAUAAAACCAAUCAAACCUUUAUUCAAAAGAGUGGUUCGCAUUUUGGAGGAAGAACCAAUGUCAAAUGUGCAGUGCACGGUGAUCUGCCACGACCCGGAGGAACGAUCCGCGCACGACGCGAAGCGCGGUUCCUCCGCGGAAGAAGGGUCCGGCGCCAAAGGCGCCCACCUCGUGUUGGCGUCGGGAACCCGGUACCGUCUCCUCUCGGAGGGGUUCGGGAACCUCUCGGGAGCCGUCGACGACGGGGCGUUCGUCCUGCUGGAGGAGCAGUCCGCCCCGGACGAGGGUCUGGCCGAGGCAGCGGGCCUCCACAUCCUGUCAGUCCAGCGGGACGGACCCAACGUGUACUCCCUGCUCAGGAAGCAUAGAGAUCUGAAACCAGCUGUUGUGGUACACAUGACCGAAAGAAACUUCGACUGGGUGGAGAGGUUGAAAUGUGGACUCGAAAAAUACGACGGCGAAGACUCUAGGGUCAUACUCCUCUGCCAGAGAGAGAGACUGAGUGGCGUGGUGGGUCUCGUGAACUGCAUCACAAAGGAGCCAGGAGGACACAAUCUCAGAUGCGUAUUUGUGCAAGACAAUGAAGCACCAUUAUUUUCGCUCUCCAACCCGCUGUACGAAUCACAGUUGAAAAAGGAUUUGUUGAUGAAUAUCUACAGCAAAGGAUGCUGGGGUAGCUAUCGCAACAUUGCAUUGGAGAUCUCCGAGGAAAUCAGUUAUGCUCAGCCGGAGCACGCGCACCUGGACGCGCAGGCGCGCGGCGACCUGUCGAGCCUGCGCUGGGUGGAGGACCCCCCGGGGGAGCGGGGAGACGGGCGGCCCUGCAGCGUGCACUACGCCCCCGUGGGCCUCGAAGACGUGCGCGCGGCGUCCGCAGACGACCGCCAGGCCGGCUCGCUGGGGCUGGAGUUCUCCGGCCGAGACGCCGGCGACCGCCGCGUCAUGGGGCUGGCCCCGGGGCGCGCGCUUGCCACGACGGUGCUAGCGGACCCGGCCCUGCUGUGGGAGGUGCCCGCCGACUGGAGCCUCGAGGAGGCCGCCACGGUGCCUGCGGCCUACUGCCUGAGCUACUACGCCCUCGUGGUGCGCGGCCGCAUGCAGCCCGGGGAGUCGCUCCUGGUGCACGCGGGGUCGGGCGGCGUGGGGCAGGCCGCCAUAUCCAUCGCCCUGGACGCUGGCCUCACCGUCUACACCACGGUGGGCAGCGCGGAGAAGCGGAGCUUCCUCAAGCGCAGGUUCCCGCAGCUCAGCGACCGGCACAUCUUCAACUCGAGGGACGUGUCGUUCGAGAAGCACGUCAUGCACGAGACCCGGGGAAGGGGCGUGGACCUCGUGCUCAACUCGCUGGCCGAGGACAAGCUGCUGGCGUCCGUGCGCUGCCUGGCCAACCACGGCCGCUUCCUCCAGAUCGGCAAGGGGGACAUCGACAACAAUACACCGCUGGGCAUGUCUGUGUUCCUGAAGAAUACGACGUUCCACGGCAUCGACCUGAACCCGCUGUUCGGCCUGGACGAGCGCGGGAGGCGGGAGGUGGCGCGGCUGUUCGCCGAGGGGCUGAAGAGCGGGGUCGUCCGUCCCCUCCCGAGGACCGUCUUCCCACGCGGCGAGGCGGAGAGAGCUUUCAGGUACUUGGCCGCCGGCGAGAACAUCGGCAAGGUGUUGCUGAAGAUCCGGGGCGAGGACCCGGAGAGAACCGGCCCGCCGUCGGAGGAGCCCUUCCCGGCCGCGCCGAGGACGUACAUGGACCCGGGGAAGGUGUACGUGGUGGUCGACGGCGGGGUAGGGGGAGCGGGGUUCCAGCUGGCCGACUGGCUGUUCCUCCGCGGGGCCACCCGGGUGGCUCUGGCCUCGAGGAGUUGUCGCCAGCAGUCCCCGCUGGGCGUGAGGCGCUGGAAGGACCUGGGGCUCACCGUCCUGGCGUCGCCCGUCGACGACUGCUCCGACGUGGAGGGCGCCGCGCGGCUCCUGAAGGACGCCAAAGAGCUGGGCGACGUCGGCGGGAUAUUCGUCCUGGAGGCGGACCCCAGGAGCGACGGAGGCGCAAGGUUCAAGGACCUGACCGAGAACGAGUUCUCGGCGGCUCACGGGGCGGCAGCGGGUGCGACGAGGAACCUCGACAGAUUGUCCAGGAUCCUCUGCCCCGGGAUGGACCACUUUGUGGCGAUCUCUCCGGUGUCGCGCGGGACGGCCGACGCUGUCCUGGCGCGCGUGUGCGAGGCACGGCGGCAGGACGGACUGCCGUCCCUCGCAGUCCGCUGGGGGCGGAGCGGCUCCGGAGGGGGGCUGACCCCUCGGCGGGCGAGGCGCUGUCUCCGCGCGCUGGAUCUGCUCCUGCGACAACCCCACCCCGUCGUCUCGUGCGUCGCUGUGGACGGGGAGAGUGAAUCCUCGGGCGCCGCGCGGAACAACGCAGACACAAAGGUUUGCAAUUCACGAGUUGAAGUCAACACCCUGGAUGGAAAUCACAAAGAUAUUCUUCAAAAAAAUUGUCUCAAGAAAACAGCACCAGUUAUAAGUUUAAACGACUCGUUUCAUGACGUUAGCCAUAAGGUUUCUAACAAUCUUAGUGCACAAUGAACUAACUACACAUAAAUGGUACAAUAUAAUCUGUUAUAAUAAAUAUUAUUUCAAUCUCAACCAAUAAUUGUUUGUUUUAACUCAGCAUUAACAAAAAAUAUGCAGUGAACAGCAAAAAGAAGAAAUUACAUCACAUUAAACAUUGUAAUUACAUUGUAAUACUGUUAUAGGAAGUUAAAAUAAGCAUAGGUAAG